CGCCAAUGUUGUGGAAAUUCGACCAGUCGUCCUCUGAGUUAAGCUGUCAGUCGCCCUUCAACACGGAAAGAGCACUCUUCUCGGCCAAAACAGACACCAGCCUAUCGUUAAACCAUGGCAGGGGCAAUUGCACGGAAAGCUAUUGACCACCUGAAGAGUAAAGACUUCAGGGAUUAUUUGAUGAGCACGCAUUUCUGGGGUCCUGUAGCAAACUGGGGUCUUCCUAUAGCCGCCAUCACAGAUAUGAAGAAGAGCCCUGAGAUUAUCAGUGGCAGGAUGACCUUCGCUCUGUCCUGCUAUUCACUGCUCUUCAUGAGGUUCGCCUACAAGGUGCAGCCACGCAACUGGCUACUCUUUGCUUGCCAUUUAACCAAUGAGGCAGCACAGCUAAUCCAGGGAAGUCGUCUCAUCAAAUACAAAAUGGAGAAGAAGACAGGAUCUUAGUGGGUGAAGCCGAUGCAAAACGUUCACUGCAGAGUGGCACCAUGCUGCUUCAACAGACGCCUAAACUUGGACAUCAAAACCCAUGCAUCGAAAAACAUCUUAAUCUUAUCAUUGAAACCGUAGCACUUGCACCAUUUUUUAACCUGAUGUUACUCUGAUCGAUCACCCUCAUGAAGUUUUAGUCACACAGAAAAAAGCUGAUGCUUUCCUCCAAGAAGUGCUUCAUUUUUAGAUUGUUGCAAUAUUCAACAUGACACACAAAAAUAUAAUGUGGGUGAAAGUACACUCAGCUAACCUGCCUGACAGUUAGAUGCCUUGCACACUGGAUCCACUGGCUAUUGCACACUCUGAAACUUGGCUAAAGCAGUCAUUGUUCAUAAAUCAUCUCAUUUCAGGUCAACAGCAUUAAUAUUUUUAUUACUUUCAUACCUGCUAAGUAAUUGAAAUGUUAAUGAUAUUUCACAGAGAACUUAGCCUGAGGUCAGUUUGUGCAAAUAUGUCCACACCAUGGUCCAUUAUCACUGGCUAAGCAUAUGGACUUUCAUUCAUUAACCUUUGCUUAAACACCUUUGUUUUUUGUGCCCUGGAGCUUAUUAUUAUGCUGUACAAUGAAAACAUGUGUGGAUGAUGAUCCAAUUUGACAAUUAUUUGACAAUUAUUAAACAAAUGUUUAAAUAAUACACAAUAAAUACUUAUGUCUUUUUAUGUGGUGAAGCUGCAUAAUUAGGAUCAGACUGUCUAGGUUAUAAUCCUCCAUGACUGGGCAAGACAAGCUGCUUCUGUCAGUGCUAACCCAAAAUGUAAUGUGUGUUGUCAUAUGUCAUUCACAUUAAUUUAUUGUCAUUGUAUAAUUCACAUUAUUUCCCCCUGAUUAAUGAUUUGACUCUCUGGGUUUGUUAAAAUAAACCAACUUGAACACAA